UUACCGAGACCAUGGACAACGUUGUCGGCCACGGAUGUCCUGCCUGAAAAAGGUGGAGGCCACAGUGGUUCAGAUGCAGGACCCAUCGACUGGAGUUAAAGGAACAAAUCAGAAGCUCAACAUUACAACCAUUCCCCAUGCCAUCACUGGUCAAGAUAUUGUUGCAUGGAUCACCAAAAAUAUGAACAUGGACAAUGAUGAGGCUCAAGCGUUUAGCACAAUGUUAGUGGCGUUCGGGUACAUCUACCCUCUGCAAGACCACAAAAAGCUUGUCCUCAGACCAGAUGGCAGUUUGUACCGCUUUCAGACCCCCUAUUUCUGACCUGUGCAGAAAUGGAAGGCUGAGGACACUGAUUAUGCAAUCUAUCUGGCAAAGAGAAACAUUCGAAAAAAGGGAGUGCUUGAUGCUUAUGAGCAGGAGGAAUACAACAAACUUCACAAAUGGAUGAACCACAAAUGGGAUUUUAUUGUGAUGCAAGCUAAAGAGCAGUACCAUGCUGGGAAGGCUCGUCAGAAGGCAGACAGAGUUGUGUUUGACUGUCAGGAAAGAGCCUACUGGAUUGUCCACAGGCCUCCACCACAAACUCACAGCGCUAUGGAUUACGGCCUGGAUCGUCACAUUGACCCUAAUGUGGAGGAGAAAAAAACCUAUGAUUACUACAAAAGAAUUAACAUCUACACACAACAGGCCAUCAUGCGGUCAAGGGUCAAGUCUUCAGUAUCUCUUGGAGCCCUGGUCAAAUAUAUGAUGACAUUUAAGAACCACGACCCGUUCCUCGUUCCCUGCCUCCCCAGAAAUCCCUGGCAAACUGAUCAUGACUCUUACUGGGAGCUGAACACGCCAGAUGUUGAAGUUCCCACAAAGAUGAGAGUGGAGCGCUGGUCCUUUAGCUUCUAUGAGUUGCUUAGUGAUCCACGGGGCCGUGCAGACUUCAAGGUUUUCCUAAAGAAAGAAUUCAGUGGUGAGAAUCUAGCUUUUUGGGAAGCCGCCGAGGAGUUGAAAUGGGGCACAGCAGCUUCUAUGUCAGAGAAAGCAGAACACAUUUUCAAAACCUUUUUGGCCCCAGGAGCACCACGAUGGAUCAACAUUGAUGGCAGGACAAUGGGUCUAACAGUAAAGGGACUGGAACAUCCUCACCGAUACGUAUUUGACGCUGCCCAAACACACAUCUUCAUGCUGAUGAAAAAGGAUACCUUCUAUCGCUACCUGAAGUCACCAGUUUACAAGGAAAUACAGAAAAAAGCCAUUUCACCUGCACCACAAUUUUUUUGUAUAUGCAUGUUUACCGAUAAUUCAUCCUCUCUUGUACAAUGUAAAAAAAAAAACUAUUUAUAUGUUUCUACUUCCAACAUUUCGUUUAAUGCUAGCUAUAAUUGCUCUAGUUGUUAAAUUAAAAUUGUUUAUUCACCAAAGUGUUGUCAGUGUACAUGUACAUUUUGUUGAUAUUGCUACUGAGUGUCUUUAGUGCAAUUUCUAAGUCAUUUCAGAGAUAUAAAACAUGCGU